AAUGAAAGAAAAAUCAUGAGUUUUCUAUUUGUCUUACUUUAUAUUUUCUUGCUUCUAGAGGAGAAAUAAACAAUUUAUAAACGUUAUUAUUCUCUGAGAAAAAUGUAAUAUAUUUAGGGCGGAAAAGUUGGCGGAAAUAUGUCACCCUUCUCAUUUUUUAGGACAUUAAUUACGUAUUGUAAAUUAACCUUUCUUCUCUGAUUAUACUUAAGCAGUUUAUAUAAUUUUCUGAGUAUUAAGUUUUUAGUUUUAUCUUCUAUAUUUUAUUCAUUAAUUACAUACUGUUUAUUUUUAUGUUAUAAGUCAAAAUAAUACAAAUUCGAUAGAAUUAUGAUUUCUUUUUAAUUUAAAAACUUUAUUUACAUUAAAUAUUUUGUUAUAUUAUUAAUAUUAAAUCUGUUGUAGGUUCCUUUUGUGCCAUUAUUACCUGUUUUAAGUAUUCUAUGUAAUGCAUUUUUGAUGACCAAUUUACAACCUCUCACCUGGGUCAGAUUAUUAGUAUGGGUGGCGAUAGGUUUAAUUCUAUAUUUUUCUUAUGGUAUGAGGCAUAGCAAACUUAACACGCUCAUACCAACUUCAAAUUCUUCUUUACUGCAACCUGGAACCAAUAUUACAGCGUAUAGUGCUGGACAAUCUACAGACUCUAGUUAUGGAACACCCGCAACAAGUGCUCGACCCUCAAUUGAAAAACUGGACGAAGAAAUCAAGUCACAUAAUUAAAAGUCACAACUUCGAGUUUAUAAACUUUGUGACAAAUUUAUACGAUUUUAUUCAUCUGUAAGUCCAUAAUAUUUUCUAUACCUCAGUUGUAGAUGUAAGUUAUUUAUCUAUAAAAAUCAUUAUCAAGAGUAUAGUUUGUUAACCAGGAAGACAUUUAAUACUAUCAAUAUAUGCUAUAUAUAUAUA